GCUCAGCCCGUCUGUCACUGGUCGCAGGACUUUAUCCCCGAGGGCUUGGACAUCUCUGCCACAGGAUGCAGUACCGUAAAGGCGAGGAUGACCAGGAUUUGUGCCACGACGACUCCGUCUGCGUCUGCCACGACAGCCCCGUGAGCGUCACGGACCUGUCCCCCUGCCACGACCCCGGCAGCCUCAGCCGCGACGUUGAGGGGUCCUGCCAGAGCGUGCCGCAAGCCUGCCAGCUGCCGGAGCCCUGCCCGCCCCAGAACUGCUGCCCGCCACAGCAACGCUGCAGUUUUGGCAAACCCCGUCGGCGGGUGGAGCUGAGCCCCAUACAGCCCUUCCGCCCCCCAGUUAAAAUCCAACGCCGGCCUCUGCAGCAGUAUCGGCCGCCGCUGCAGAGCGAGGAGCCAGGGAGCUGUGGCAAGCCCCGCAGGAGAGUGGAGCAGUGCCCCGUGCAAGAGCCCUGCUCGCCCGUCCCGCUGCGUCCCCGGCCGCUGCAGCGCCGCUGCCCCUGCGUCCCGUGCUGCUGCCCACCCAUCCAGCGCUGCUGCCCACCCAUCCAGCGCUGCUGCCCCCCGGCUGUGCAGCAUCCCGGCCAGCACCAGCACAAACAGGUCCCUCUCUUGCCCCCCUGCCUGCAGAAGAAAUGA